CACUGGUCGCUGCCGAGACUCCGCGCCACUUCUGGCAACGCUGACGCAGUCUCUCACAAAUCCCGAGUGGCCGAGCUGCUCUGUACCAACCAGCUUCGUCCUCGUACCCUAAUCUACCUGCAGGACGUGGGAGAGAGAAAGUGUCUGUGCUACGCCGUGGCCGCGAGCUCAAGAAACAGCGUUAGAGUGAACGGGCCGAGUGAAUAUCGUUCCGAAAUGGCGCUGUGGGCCAAAGCACAAUCACUCCCUGCUGAGGCACUACAGCAGGUUCGAGCCAUUUACACUGACCGCUUUCCUAUUGAAGUGCGUCAUUUCUUAGCACCAUGGAUAGAAGAAAAAAUGUGGUGUUUGGAGAUUGAGACACACAAUCCUCAUCAUGAGCAGUAUGCUGCAAGUAUUGUGGCGGAUUUGAUCCACCUUCUCGAAUCAAAGGCUAAUUCCAUGAAUUCAGAGGACCUCUUAACAUCAAAGUAUAAACUGAUGGACUUUGCUAAUGCUGUCAAGCAACGCUAUGCUCGAAGCCCUCUGGAUUUGUUUCGGGUGGUGCGCCAUUGCCUGAAUUCAGAGUUAAAAGUAAUACAGCAAGUAGAGAAUGUUUCGAUGGGCCCAAUCACACCUGGAACUGGUUUAAUGGUUGACGCAGCUGCUGAAAUAGCACAGCAAGUAGAUGUCCUACGGCAUCGCACUACUGAAACUGGUACACUUCUUCGACAGAUGGAACAGGAACAAGAGAAUUUUGCCCUCCACUACCAUGAGUGCACCAAGCUGAAAGCUCAUCUUCAACACCUGCAAUCACAGCUAAUGAAUCAACAAAAUAUAGAAUUGGAAAAAACGGUUAGGCGCCAGAAGGAUAUUUCAGAACAAACUUUAAAUCAAAAGGUUUCCAGUCUUCUUCGUCUCAGACUUCAGCUAGCUGAUAAACUCUCAGAGUCAGUGACGCACCUUGUAACCUUGCAGUGCAGGGUGUUAGAUGACGAAUUGAUUCGAUGGAAAAGAGAGCAGCAGCUUGCAGGAAAUGGGGCUCAGUUCAACAGUAAUUUGGAUUUUAUCCAAGAUUGGUGUGAAAGUCUUGCUGAAAUUAUUUGGCUUAACCGCCAUCAGAUCAAAGAACUUGAGCGCUUGAAACAGAAGUUUCCAUUGGAGCCACCAGGUGUUGUAGAUGUUUUGCCAAAUUUAAAUAUAAAAGUAACUGAGCUUCUUUCAUCUUUAGUCACAAGCACUUUUAUUAUAGAAAAGCAGCCUCCACAAGUUAUGAAAACCAACACUAGAUUUACAUCUACUGUUCGCUUACUGGUUGGAGGGAAACUGAAUGUUCACAUGACCCCACCCCAGGUUAAGGCAACGAUCAUUAGUGAAGCUCAAGCAAACGCUCUUCUUAAAAACGAUAUAGUCGCUAAAGGAGAAGCCGGUGGUCAGAUUUUGAACAACACCGGAACAAUGGAGUACCAUCAGGCUACACGUCAACUGUCAGUCAGUUUCAGAAACAUGCAACUGAAGAAGAUAAAGCGGGCCGAGAAAAAAGGAACUGAGUCAGUAAUGGAUGAAAAAUUUUCACUCCUGUUCCAAUCUCAAUUUUCAGUUGGUGGUGGCGAACUUGUUUUCCAGGUGUGGACCCUAUCUCUUCCUGUUGUGGUCAUUGUACAUGGAAACCAGGAGCCUCAUGCGUGGGCCACUGUCACUUGGGACAAUGCUUUUGCGGAACCGGGGCGCAUUCCUUAUGCUGUACCUGAUAAAGUCUCGUGGUGCCGCGUAGCGGAAGCACUCAACAUGAAAUUCCACUCUGCCACUGGAAGACCUCUUUCAGAAGCAAAUUUGUGUUUCCUUGCAGAAAAGGCGUUCGGAAACCCAAAUAUGUCAGAUCUUCAAAACCAGAUGCUUACAUGGUCACAAUUUUGUAAGGAAGCACUCCAAGACCGCAGCUUCACAUUUUGGGAAUGGUUUUAUGCUGUCAUGAAACUCACAAGAGAACACUUACGAGGGCCUUGGAUGGAUGGGCUCAUUUUGGGGUUCAUCCGAAAGAAACAGGCACAGGACAUGCUUGUUGCAACCAAUACGACCAGCACAUUCCUUCUACGAUUCUCAGAUUCAGAACUUGGUGGCAUUACCAUAGCAUGGGUCGGAGAUGGAGAGUUCGGUUCUCAGGUGUUCAUGUUGCAACCUUUCACUCACAAGGACUUUGCCAUCCGCAGUUUGCCAGACCGCAUUGCCGAUUUGCAACAUCUUGUUUACCUUUAUCCUGACAUCCCCAAAGACCAGGCUUUUAGCAAGUACUACACACUACUUGAUGAUCAGCCAACUUCUAACAAUGGUUACGUGAAACCUUUCUUGGUGACCCAUGUUCCUGGCUGGGGAGGACCUGGCCCAUGCUCCACUCCCAGUAACCCAAACACCCCACCCCACAUGUUCCAAGCUCCAUCCCCCGAGGCAGGUUCGGCCAGAGACACUCCUUCUGUGGCCAGUCAUGUUUCCGACUCGGUGUACGGGUCCGUGGACUAUGAUCAAUUUCCACAACAGUUCCCUCAGCUCUGGGCAUACACAUAAAUAGACCUGGAUCCAUAGACCUGUCGUAGACCUGGAUCAAAGACUUAAGUUGCUGAUUAAAGAGUGACUGUCACGUUUGAUGACAGUCUGGGCAUCAUCAACUUUCCUACAAAUAGUACCGAACCAAUUGGUACCCUACAUUAUUGCCUCCUUGUAUGUACGCGGUAGUGUUGGAUGCAUAUUCAUAAAGUUCCUCCUUAUGCGUGACGAUACAAUGUAUCGCUAGUCUUUUGUAGUUUCUCUGUGUAAAUAAGUUUUUUUUAUUAUUAUUAAAAGUUAUGUGUCCCCAGUUU